CGGAAAUGAAUUGCUUUGCGCAUGCGUAAUAGUUAUCAAAACAAAAUUUUGACAGAUUUUAGACGUUAAUUUUGAGAACAUGUUUUUCUUGUCAUUCUUAACAUUUAUGCUUCAAGCAUGUGAUCUGUUAAUGUAAACAUAAACAACAGUACAGCAUAUUGUUUAAUUAUAGCCUUUUAAGACAAUUUGUCAGCAAAAGGGACAAAAAAAUGAGUGAUGCAAGCCCAGCUGGUGCAGAGGGUGGUGGUAAAAAUGAUGAACCUGAAUCUGAAAAUGCCAUGUUCGAGUGCAAUAUAUGUCUAGAUACAGCCAGAGAUGCAGUAGUGAGCCUUUGUGGACAUUUGUUUUGUUGGCCAUGUUUACACCAGUGGUUGGAGACAAGACCAAACAGACAGACAUGUCCAGUGUGUAAAGCAGGUAUUUCAAAAGAUCAGGUUGUUCCAAUAUAUGGCAGAGGCAGUACUGAUAAUAAAGAUCCUAGGGAGAAAUUACCACCAAGGCCUCAAGGUCAAAGGGCAGAGCCAGAAACUCAGGGAGGAUUUCCAGGCUUUGGUUUUGGUGAUGGUGGUUUCCACAUGUCAUUCGGGAUUGGUGCAUUUCCAUUUGGUAUCUUUGCUUCCACGUUUAACUUCAAUGAUGGUCGACCCGGUCCACCACCAGCAGGGACACCCCAGCAUCAGGAAGAACAGAUGCUGUCUAAAUUUUUCCUUUGGGUAGCUGUGAUCUUUAUUAUAUGGUUAUUACUGGCCUGAAGUUUAUGUCACAUUUCAUGUCUUAAAAGUCUACUCUGUUAUAUUAUAUGAUACCCUGGAAUAUUACGCAGUGCAGUGUAUGCGUUACUGGAUCUUACCGGUACAAAGGUUGAGACUCAGCAUCAAAGAUGAAGCCGUGCAAAAUGGAAAAUGGUUGAAGGAUAUAAAGCUAUAUCUAAUGAAAUAUUUUUAUCGGAUUGUAAUAAUGAUAAAAUCAUGUUUUGUUUCCAUGAGGAAUUCUUGAAGAGUUGUAUGAUUGAAUGUUUCUGCUAUUUACCAUACAUGCUUAUUGUACAUACAUAAAAUAUUGUGCUGCUGUUUAAGUAGGGUUUUAACUGUUAGGCAACAAUUUUGUAUAUGGAUCUUAAAAAAAAAUUUGCUUGUAAGUCAAUAUACAUGUGCCAACAAAUUUCUUUCAUUCGAGCAUUUUAAAGUUAUUCUUUUUCAAAUAAAACCUUUGUAAAACUGCAGGCAGCAGAGAUACAGCUUUAUACACUACGAUAGUUUAUAUUGAAGGAUAUUGGCAUUAAAUAUGUUUGUUACAUCUCUGUAAGAGGAACUGUUGGGUAUGAAAGACAUUUCUAGUAGUAAAAUACUCCCUAACUCCCUUAAGGAGUAAUUGGGAAUACUGCUAAAGGGUGUAUUUAGAAUAGUUCGAGAAGAAAACAAACUUUAAAUUCACCUCAUGAUAUUAAAAAGUGUGUGUGACUUCUAAUUAAACUGAUCUGUUGAUGGCUUGUACAUCUUUCACAGUGUGAAAUAUUCAAAAAUAGGUACAUGUCUUUGUUCACCAACAUGCAUGUUUAUAUAUAUUUUUUAAUAUACAUGUAUUGGAAGUGGCGGCAUGGCUGAGUGGUUAAAGCAUCAGACUAGUAAUCUAAUGAUCGCAAGCCACGUGGGUCCAACCCUGUCAGGGGCAAGUUGUUGUUUCCUUGAGCAAGAAACUUUCUCAUUGAUUGCUCAGUACUGGUUUGGUUCCAGGAAUGGAUUCGAAAGUGUGUCUAUAUGUAUAAGGCUAAAGCUAAUAGCUUUCUUCACAAUAGAACUAAAAUAAAUUCUGUAUAAACCAAAUAUAAAUUUUGUGAUAGAAAGUUUUGACUUGAGGUAUUAAAGUUAACAUUAUAAGGAUCCAUAUUAUAUUUUGUCAUUUACUGAAUUUUAUUUUUUUAGAAAUAGCUUUAAACUUUGAGUUCCUUUGUUAUUGUUGAAUAUUGCAUGGUUUUAAAUUUUGAUUCACAAUAAUUUAGUCAUGAAACUGUUAUUUUUCAAUACUUUGAAGAGAAGAAGAAACUUACAGGAAAUAUUUCACUUGAGAAUUGAUUUUAUGCUAGCUUUUAUAUUAAUAACAACAAGGGUUGAAUGCCCCAUUUGUCACAUUGCUGUCAAUUAGAAACAGAGUAUUUAAACUUCUAUCAUAUAACAGGAGUCAAUUUUUUACAUUUUAUAGACAGGUAGCAAGUUUGAUUUUUUAAAAUUAUAUAAGUUUUAACUUUUGUGGCAUUUAUUUGUAAAGACAAUUAUCAACAAUUCAAUCUCUGAUCUUGGGAAUCAAGAUAAGGGUCAAAGAAUGGUCAAAAUAUUGGUUUAUUUUGGAUCCCACAGGGAUACUACUCGUAUAUGUAUGUAAUAAUACUUUCAUUCAUAUAGUAUGAUUGAUUAUUUAUGUAUAUAUCAUGUUUGUUUGUACAGUAGUAUUUCAAUGCUGUAAGCAUUAUUCUUACUAAAAACCCACAUGAUUGGUUUGAAUUAUUUAUUUUUUAAUCAGAUAUUGAAAAAUUAUUUUUUCUCCACAGAAAAGUUAAGUUGUUAAAAUGGUAAUAUUUUGUAGCCUUUAGCCUGCUAGUGGCAACAGAUCCUAUCCCUGCACCAAGUAUAGACCAAGAUCAUCCGGCACAUCUGUGCACUCGAAUCAUGGUUUGGUCUGCACUGUGUGCUAUUCAGUUGGCACUUAUUUUAAAAAAAAUUCUAAAGAUGAUGAAUGGUUUUGUCUAGAAUGAAAGAUUAGUCCAUUUAAAUAUAUUUUAGCAUGGUAAGGAUUAAAUAGAGUUUUGUCAAGAACUACAUGUAAUAGAAAUUGUAUAUGCAUUGAUAUUGCAUAUACAGACAUUUCUAUAUCGCAGCUAUUCAUGUUGUUUUUUUUUUCAUCUAAAGAUGUGCCAGUUGUAGUUACUUCCCCUUAUUUGCUGUCUCAUGUGCAAUAGAUUUAAUUAGUCAUGUGUUUUUUCAUUUCACUUUGUACCAUAUAUGUUGAUUUUUAAAUGUUAAAUAGAGAAUAAAGGUCUAUAUCAGA